AUGUCCAACGGAAAACAAUUCACUCUCUACUCUCACGAUCGCGGCCCAAAUGGCUGGAAGGUGGUGCUUGUCCUGGAGGAGCUCAAGCUGAGUUACGAGACAGUCUAUCUUAGUUUUGAGAAGGGCGAGCAAAAGGCUCCGGAGUUCACGAAGUUCAACCCGAAUGGCCGCAUUCCAGCUCUGAUUGACCAUUCCAACAACGAUUUCGUCGUGUGGGAAUCAAAUGCAAUCAUCCUUUACCUCGUCCAGAAAUAUGACACGGCUAACACUAUAUCUGCCGCGGGCGAGACGGAAAAAGCUCUUGAGUUACAGUGGCUCUUCUUCCAGGCAUCCGGACAAGCCCCGUACUUCGGACAAUUCUCAUGGUUCACCAUGUACCAUCCCGAGAAGCUCCCCAGUGCCAUAGAGAGGUACUACAAAGAGGCCGUUCGCGUAUUUGGCGUGCUCGACGGCGUGCUAGCCAAACAGAAGUGGUUGGUAGGCGAUAAGUGCACCAUUGCGGACCUCGUAUUCGUCCCAUGGAAUGUGAUGGCUGUGAAGGUCUUUCAUGAGAGAUACCAACUGGACGUCGAGAAGGAAUUUCCAGCAUUGCACAGGUGGAACGCUGAACUGGCGAACAGGGAAUCUGUGAAAAAAGCGUUUGAGAUCAGAGCCGCGCUCAUCACUAAGAGUUGA